GUGGCUUAAACCUUGUGCCUUCACAUUUUGUCACUCACAAACCAGUCGGGGGUUAUAUAAAUGCAGUCGUUUCCUCUGUCGCACUUCUCCUUUAAGCGGUGAAAAAACCCCAGCCAUGACGUCAGGACUAAAACCUGCUGGGUGUCUGUCCACUGGAAAGUGAAGUGGCGUGCUGGUGGUAACAGACUUUUUUCUCUGUUGUCUAUGUUUUGUAGUGUUUUUUUCCUCUUUUUUUACUUCGUUUGUGCGGUUUUACGUUACUUGUUGUGAAUCCCAGCGUUAUAACCAACUUAGAGGAUGUUUUAGAAAAGUUGCCGAAGCGUUUCUUUGAGGAACCGGUGGAAGGCGGACACCAUCGGGAUGGAUAAGCUAGCUGUUAGCUCAAUUGUUAGCCGUGAAUCAUAGAUCACAGAAUAAGCUAGAGCUAGUAUGCUAACAAACAGCUAACUUAGCAUUUAUCGGCUAAGCAAUUGACUUUGUUAACCCGUAACGUCAGAAGUACUGUCGGCUAAUGCCCAGGCCUAGCUCCUCGGAGUGAGCAGAUUGUCAAAGGCCAGCUAACUCAGGAAGACUCGGUUUUGUGUUCAAAGGGGAAACGGCAGAGCGGUAUUGUUGAGAGGUGACGGUUGUUCAUCUCUCAGCCGAGACUCUAGAUAUGAUGUCCAACGCUCAGAACCACCCUCUGUUCCCAAACCCGACGGGUCAGCAGAACCCGGGAGGCCAGUUCAUCCCCAUCCACCCAAGACCCAACUUACAGAUCAAGAAGAACGCCAUAACGGACGACUACAAGGUGACCAGCCAGGUGCUGGGUCUAGGGAUCAAUGGGAAAGUGCUCGAGAUCUUCCAAAAGAAGACUGGUGAUAAAUACGCGCUGAAGAUACUCCAGGACUGUCCAAAGGCCCGUAGGGAGGUGGAGCUUCAUUGGAGGGCGUCCCCAUGUGCCAACAUUGUGCGAAUCGUUGAUGUUUAUGAGAACCUUUAUCAAUGCAAGAAGUGUCUACUUAUUGUCAUGGAGUGUAUGGAUGGCGGAGAGCUUUUUAGUCGAAUCCAGGACAGAGGAGACCAGGCCUUCACUGAGAAAGAGGCAUCAGAUAUCAUGAAAAGCAUCGGAGAGGCCAUCCAGUACCUGCAUGCAGUCAACAUCGCACACAGAGAUGUAAAGCCAGAGAAUUUAUUGUAUUCCUCUAAGCGGCCCACUGCUCUGCUGAAACUCACAGACUUUGGUUUUGCCAAGGAGACCACUACCCACAACUCUUUACUUACCCCCUGCUAUACACCCUACUAUGUUGCACCAGAAGUUCUGGGUCCAGAGAAAUAUGACAAGUCAUGCGACAUGUGGUCUUUGGGUGUCAUUAUGUAUAUCCUACUGUGUGGGUACCCUCCGUUUUAUUCAAACCAUGGUCUAGCCAUCUCACCUGGGAUGAAGAGGAGGAUCAGAAUGGGUCAAUAUGAAUUUCCCAACCCUGAAUGGUCUGACGUGUCAGAGGAAGCUAAACAGCUGAUCAGGACCCUCCUAAAGACUGAGCCGACCCAAAGGAUGACCAUCACCGAGUUCAUGAAUCAUCCAUGGAUCAAUCAGUCAAUGGAGGUACCCCAGACCCCGCUUCACACCAGCCGGGUUCUAAAGGAGGAGAAGGAUGCAUGGGAGGAAGUCAAGGAGGAAAUGACCAGCGCCUUGGCUACGAUGAGGGUCGACUAUGAGCAAAUUAAAAUCAAGACCAUCGAGGACUCGAGCAACCCACUGCUAACAAAAAGGAGAAAGAAAGCCACGAAUGCCAUGCCAGACCCGCAGGCCGCAGCCCACUGAAAGAUGCUCGUUUGCAUGCGCAGACAAACACAGGUUGUUAAAAGGAAGCAAUAAUUUGUUGAGAUGAGUCCCAUUGCAUGGAUUUUCAGUGUUUUAUUUUUUUUGGGCAAAUUCUAAUCUUUUGUAAGAGUUUUUUUGUUACUCUACCAUUUUAACAAAGUCAUCAUUCUGCUCCACCAGAACGAAGAGUUGGAGCUUGUGUUUUCACACCAGAGAAGAUUAUAAAUUGGUAAAAGGGGGAGGAGAGAGAGGGCUGAUUUUUCUCCUCCUCUUUUCCGAAUAUCAGGUUGUGUACCCCAAGGGGCUGGAAUGUUGGAAUAAAACAAGAAGCCUCAGCAUUAGUUUUUUCCCCCACAGCCCCAAACAUGUGAAUGUUAGGACAUUGCUAAAUCCCAAAAAUAGAAAUGAGGGAAGGUGAUUUUUUUUUUUCUUCCUGUACAUGCAGAGUAAGCAGAUGUAUUUUGAACUGACAGUGGAAUGUAAGGAAUCUGCUUUUGACUGGUGGAAUCAGCCAGAAGUGGAUGCUAAUUUCUGGAGUUUUGUCUGGGAGUGCCUAAUGAAUGCUGACUGGAGGCCUAUGCACCCCCAAGGGCCACGUGCCACUAUGACCGAGCACCUCACUCACAGCCCCUCUCUCCUACCGUAACCCAUGCUUGUGUAUCAGGUAGUUUUAGGACAGAGAAGACGUUUUUAUUUUGGUUUUGUUUCGUUUUUUUUCCUUGUCAAAACGGUCUCUUCUUUCUUUUGCAUGUAGCUUACUGGAGAGCAGGAGGCAAAUGAUACUGUAUUUUGUCAUGGAUUUUAUGAACGUUUUAGCAUAGGCCUUACUGAGUAUUGUUAAUCAGAACAUGGCUUUUAACCCCCUCUUUUAUUAUUAUUUUUUGGUUCGUGCUUUUACCCAUUCUAUUGCUUUAAAAUCUAAAAUGUUACCAGCUAGUAUUUCAGGUUGAGCCUAUGCAGAUGUAUUUGUCAGCUUGAAAUAGUGUUGAUACCUUUGGGUUGGGGUUUUCCUUUCUUGCUACCGUGCUGGGGAGAUGUGGAGCUACAUUACUCCUUUGGGUUUAUGUAAGCAGCAGCUUUCCAAACAGUGUAGAACUGCUGCUUGCACUGGCCAGCGGCCCUCACUUUCAGCUCACGUACUGCAGUGGGCACUACCUGGAGGACCGAUGG